AUGAGCGGUCUCGGACCCGCCGCCUGUUGGCUCGCCCACAAACGUAUCGAGUCGUGGUCGCGUAUGGCCAAAGAGCGUGUGGGUGCCGUGCGUCGCGUAACCCUCGAUCGAAAUUCAGAAGAUAAUAAUGGUGCGACGGGCUCUACGUCGUCCACAACACCUCCACCGCCAAUGACGCCACCACCGUCCGCUUCGUCUGUUACAUCGACGACCAGUGGCAUUGGCAGUGGAGCGGGCAGCGUCAGCGAUAGUUGUGAUUUGCCAACGGACUCAGAGGAAGUUAAUGUCGUUAAGGAAACGCAACCCAUACAACCGCCAUCCACUUUGGGCAAUGCAUCGCACUUAAUAAAUGCGGACGUAUUACGCGGUCCAGCCGAGGUCUUACACAGUCCGUUACAUUUGCAUCACCAGAGUCGUUCUUUUCCACCGCGUCUACAACGCACGCCAUCCAUUUCCAGUCAGUCGAGUAUAGACAGCGCACCAUCGCGACAUUCGACACACCGCGGCUCUUCGCCACAGAUACGUACAUUUGGACCAGAUGGACGCAGUUCACUACCCACCGAUCCCGGUUUCCCACAUCAUUUGGCUCGCUCACCAAGUCCAAUGCGCACCAUUUCGCUGGAUGCCCGUUGCGGUAGCCCCGCAUCGACUGAUGUCAGUGACUUGCGUACGCCCAGUCCAUCGCAGAGCAGUCUCGCCUCGUUGGCCGGCGGUUCAGCUGUUUCCAACAUGAGCAUGAAUUCAACUAAAGUCGGACGCUGCCUUUCGCCACUGCUCAUACCGCCACGUACACCGGCAGGUAUUGAUCCCACCAUUGGACCAGCCUCGCCAUUAGGCGCCUUACAACCAGAUUUGUAUCGGGUGCCAGAUGGUCCUAUAUAUUUGACGGCACCGGAAUCUAGUCCAGCUUUGGGACGCUUACAUUUACGCGUUAAAUAUGACUAUCAUCUCUUCGAUUUAACGGUACACCUGAUUGAAGCUCACAAUCUAUGCCCGAUUGAGGAUGGUGGAUUUCGUGAUCCAUAUGUGCGGCUAAUGCUUGAGCCUGGGGUUGAUAAUCGAAAACGUCAGACACAUAUACAUCGUGGUGAGUCAAAUCCUUACUUCGAUCAACAUUUCAAAUUUCCGGUUUCACGAGAUCAACUGCAAGGCAAGGAACUGAAAUUACAAGUUUUAGACUACGAUCGAUAUUCGCAUAAUGAUGUUAUCGGUGAGGUUUGCAUCUCGGUUGACGAGUUGGAUCUUUCGAAAUCAGUAGAGAUCUGGGGUGACUUAUUACGAGUUAAGAAACCACAAGAAAAUCGUCCUGAGCUUUUAUGUUCACUGAAUUACUUGCCUCAGGCUGAGCGCCUCACCGUUGUCAUUAUGAAAGCAAAGAACUUGGACACAGUGCAAGAACCUUAUGUGAAGAUUUAUCUCAUUCAAAAUGGCAAACGCGUGAAGAAGAAGAAGACCAGUAUUAGCAAAUCUGACGAUCCCGUGAAUCCCAUUUGGAAUGAGGCAUUCACAUUUAACUUGCAAUCUGUAUACCUGCACAACGCUGCAAUUGAGAUUUACGUAGUGGGCUCUGGUGGCGAGGCCACUGAGAUCGGCAGUUGCGGUCUGGGACCACAAGAGAUCGGUACCGGCUGUCAGCAUUGGCAUGAUAUGAUAAAUAAUGCACGUAAGCCGACAGCAAUGUGGCAUUAUAUACGCUAA